CCGGCAUUUUUUACAACAAGUUGGUAGCACUGCAUUGUAUUUGCUCGAAGUUUCUGUUCUCAAAUUUGUAUUAAUAAAUAACAUGGAAACGCUAAAGAACGAUGUGGCGGAGCUGACCGCGUUCCUGGAGCAGGCCAAAAGCGUGCGCGUCAGAGGCGUGCUGACCGCAGCCAAGGCGGAGGCCGAGCGGGAAAUUGUUAACCUGGAGAUGAAGGCGCGCAUUGCGGCCGAACGCGAGGCAACGGGCACGGAAGCCAAGAGAUAUCUGCACGAACUGACCGACUAUGGCUGGGACCAGAGUCCCAAGUUUGUGAAGCUCUUCAUUACGCUAAACGGUGUCCAGGGCUGCACGGAGGAGGAUGUGACUGUCAACUAUACGGAGAACUCGAUGCAGCUGCAUGUCCGCAAUCUCAAUGGCAAAGACUUUGGCCUGAGCGUCAACAAUCUGCUGCACGGCAUUGAUGUGUCGAAGAGCUAUCGCAAGAUCAAGACGGACAUGGUGGCCAUCUAUCUGAAGAAGGCGAAGGAGGGCGAGAACUGGGAAGUCCUUACGUCCAUACAGAAGCGACUUAAGCAAAAGCAGGACACCGAAAUGGGCAAGGACAGCGAUAAUGCCGAAUCGGCGCUAGUUAACAUAAUGAAGAAAAUGUACAAUGAUGGCGAUUCCAAGACCAAACAGAUGAUUGCCAAGGCCUGGACUGAGAGUCAAGACAAGGCCAAGAUGGGCGGCGGACCUGGUGCAGGACUGGAUGGUUUUGGAGAUCUCUAGGACCGAAUGAGAACUACUUGUAAAAAUUUCCUUACUGCUUCGAUUCCAGCACACAAAAUGUGAAUAAAUAAAGCUAA